GAAUGGGAGGCGCGAAGGGUCAUUGGUCUACGGAAAAUGGACCACGGGGAAUUGAGUCUGAGUCUCAGUUGUGGGGUUUGAGGAGGUUCUCGCGGUCUCCAAACGAGGCGGUGGGGCCUGCCCUCCUCCCAAAGCCUGCUAUUUUUCCCCUUGGCCCUUUCCGCCCUCAGGAGAGAUAUCGACGCGUUGGGGACAUUCAGGGAAGGGAUUGGCGAGGGUUGAGGCUUGGAAACUAGGGAAGUCCCGGAAUGUGGAGAAACUGGAUGAGCAGGAGGCGGGCCCGGCCCCUGUAGCCUGACAGGAUGUCACUUGCCUGGCUGAAACAUUAGGACCAGCAGGAAGGAUUUACUAUGGGGAAGAUAAAAGGGCAGCGAAUCGUAUCUCAAGGCCCCGUCGGGAUGGGGCAGUAAACUGAAAGAUUUGGUAAAGAAGGUGUAGAAAGUCUGAGGGGGAGGUGUAACCGGGUGGAUGCCAUUCCCUCUUAUAAACAGGCCCUCCCACGGCCAGGGAGCUUUGGGAUCCAGAGGCCUUGGCAUUCUAUGUUAACACCCUUUCACUGGGAACCGGGGAGAUUCGGCGGUCCCAAGAAGACGCCUGCGGCCCCGGCGGGGCGCGCUCUGCCCCGGAAGUACUGUUGCAUGAGGGCCUCGUCUUCCGGGGCACAUUUGUCUGUCGUUGCAGUGGCUGUGGGCAGGGGAGGCCAUUUUCCGCCUCUGAAAGAGCUUCAGGGAGGGAGAAGAAGGAAGGAAGGGAAAGGGCUUAGCGCCUCCCCGCCGGGCGGUGGACCAGAGGGGCAGCUUCUGCAGGCGGGUGAGGUCGCGGAAGGCCCAGAGGAGAUGUUUUCCCUGUCGACCACGGUGCAGCCCCAGGUUACGGUUCCUCUGAGUCAUCUCAUCAAUGCCUUUCAUUCACCAAAAAACACAUCUAUUUCUGUUAGUGCAUCAGCCCCUCAAAACCAGCAUCGAGAUACAGUUCCUGAGCAUGAGGCUCCCAGCAGUGAGAGUGUCCUUAACUUAAGGGAUCUUGGAUUGUCGGAAUUAAAAAUUGGACAGAUUGAUCAACUAGUAGACAGUCUACUUCCUGGAUUUUGUAAAGGCAAAAAAAUUUCUUCCCAUUGGCAUACAUCUCAUAUCUCUGCGCAGUCCUUCUUUGAAAAUAAAUAUGGUUACUUAGAUAUAUUUAGUACUUUACGUUCCUCUUGCUUGUACAGACAACAUCCAAGAACUCUUCAAAGCAUUUGUUCAGAUCUUCAGUACUGGCCAGUUUUCAUACAGUCUCGGGGUUUUAAAACUUUGAAAUCAAGGACACGGCGUCUGCAGUCCACCUCUGAAAGAUUAGCAGAAACACAGCAGGUAGCACCAUCUUUUGUGAAGGGGUUUCUGUUGCGGGACAGAGCGUCCGACAUUGAGAGUUUGGACAAACUCAUGAAAACCAAAAAUAUACCUGAAGCUCACCAAGAUGCAUUUAAAACUGGUUUUGCAGAGGGUUUUCUGAAAGCUCAAGCCCUAACACAAAAAACCAAUGAUUCCCUAAGGCGAACUCGUCUGUUUCUUCUUGUUCUGCUGCUGCUUGGCAUUUAUGGACUCUUAAAAAACCCGUUUUUAUCUGUCCGCUUCCGGACAACAACGGGGCUUGAUUCUGCAGUAGAUCCUGUCCAGAUGAAAAAUGUCACCUUUGAACAUGUUAAAGGAGUGGAAGAAGCUAAACAAGAAUUGCAGGAAGUUGUUGAGUUCUUGAAAAAUCCACAAAAAUUUACUGUGCUUGGAGGUAAACUUCCAAAAGGAAUUCUUUUAGUUGGACCACCAGGCACAGGAAAGACACUUCUUGCCCGAGCUGUGGCUGGAGAAGCUGAUGUUCCUUUUUAUUACGCUUCUGGAUCAGAAUUUGAUGAGAUGUUUGUGGGUGUGGGUGCCAGCCGCAUCAGAAAUCUUUUUAGGGAAGCAAAAGCAAAUGCUCCUUGUGUUAUAUUUAUUGAUGAAUUAGAUUCUGUUGGUGGGAAAAGAAUUGAAUCUCCAAUGCAUCCAUAUUCAAGGCAGACUAUAAAUCAACUUCUUGCUGAAAUGGAUGGUUUUAAACCCAAUGAAGGAGUUAUCAUCAUAGGAGCCACAAAUUUUCCAGAGGCAUUAGAUAAUGCCUUAAUACGUCCUGGUCGUUUUGAUAUGCAAGUUACAGUUCCAAGGCCAGAUGUGAAAGGUCGAACAGAAAUUCUGAAAUGGUAUCUCAAUAAAAUAAAGUACGAUCAGUCUGUUGAUCCAGAAAUCAUAGCUCGGGGUACUGUUGGCUUUUCUGGAGCAGAGUUGGAGAAUCUUGUGAACCAGGCUGCAUUAAAGGCAGCUGUUGAUGGAAAAGAAAUGGUUACCAUGAAGGAACUAGAGUUUGCCAAAGAUAAAAUUCUAAUGGGGCCUGAACGUAGAAGUGUGGAAAUUGAUAACAAAAACAAAACCAUCACAGCAUAUCAUGAAUCUGGACAUGCUAUUAUUGCAUAUUAUACUAAAGAUGCAAUGCCUAUCAACAAAGCUACAAUCAUGCCACGGGGGCCAACACUUGGACAUGUGUCGCUGUUGCCUGAGAAUGACAGGUGGAAUGAAACUAGAGCCCAGCUACUUGCACAAAUGGAUGUUAGUAUGGGUGGAAGAGUAGCAGAGGAGCUUAUAUUUGGAACUGACCAUAUUACAACAGGCGCAUCCAGUGAUUUUGAUAAUGCAACUAAAAUUGCAAAGCGGAUGGUUACCAAAUUUGGCAUGAGUGAAAAGCUUGGUGUUAUGACCUACAAUGACACAGGGAAACUGAGUCCUGAAACUCAAUCUGCUAUUGAACAAGAAAUAAGAAUCCUUCUAAGGGACUCGUAUGAAAGAGCAAAACACAUCUUGAAGACUCAUGCAAAAGAGCAUAAAAAUCUAGCAGAAGCUUUAUUAACCUAUGAGACUUUGGAUGCCAAAGAGAUUCAAAUUGUUCUUGAGGGGAAGAAAUUGGAAGUGAGAUGAUAACUCUCUUGAUAUAAAUGAAGAGCUGGUUUUAUUGCAAGAAUAUAAGUAGCAUUGCAGUAGUCUUCUUAUGCAACGCUCCCCCCUCCCUCCUUCUUGACUUGGUGUAAUUUAAGUGUGUGAAACACUUUGUCAGUCUUUGGUCACAUUUAUCUACUUUUGGUUAUUCUCAUUAUGAUGUCUAGUGCAAAUUAGCAACACAGCAAAUACGUUAAAGAAAAUAAAGAACUAUCAGGAUUGAAAAUAGCCUGUUUGAGAAAUGUCAAUCAGUUAUUACAUUGAAAAUAAGUAAUGAUUUUUAUAGUUGAUUUCUGUGUCAAAUGUGAAUAAAAAUUGUGCCUUUAGCUCUUGGGAAGUAUUUUUAAUUUGCUAACUAAAAUUGUUUAAGGAUUGUCUGAUCUCUCAAUAGUGUCAUUUGUCUUUGAUAAAGAAAUGAUGCUGUUUGGCUGUUGGCAUACCAUAUUUCUACCUACAUCAGUUGAAACUUCAUUAGAUUGCUCUUAAUUAUGCUCCAGAUUGAUUGUAUAUAAUAUAUAAAACUUUUUUUAAUUUAAGAAAGAAUUGUAGACAUACAGAUACACAUCAAAUUUAAAUGAUUAUAACCUUUCAAAAAAGUCAGCAUGCCAUUUUCAUGUUCUUUUGUUUUAGCAUUACUGUUACUCUGACUAGUGAAACUUAUUUCAGAGCAACAGUAUUUUGUUAAAUAAGUUACAAACUUCAUAUUCUGAGUAACUAUAUAAUUAUGUUUGGUGUCAAAAGCAAAAACCAAAAACUCACCUCCUUCAAAGUGAGCUUUUGAAUUACCCUGUGUUAGAAAUGGAAAGACGUGUAUUUUUUAGUUCAGAUUUUGUAUGAACAUGUUCUUACAGGAUUUACAUAUGAAUUUUUAUUUAACUCAUUAGAAAAAUUAUUUUAAACAUAUUGUAUUGGUUUUACAACCAAAUUCUAUUCUUGAAGUUAUUUUAUUAAAAUUACCUCCAGUUUUCUAAUAACUUUAAAGCUGUAUCUGGUCUUCAUUGAAGAAGGUAAAUAUAGUUGGAGGGAGCUUGUUACAUGAUAUUCUUGAUCUUCUUUUUAUAAUUUUAAAUUUUGAUGUAAUUUCAAAUUUAGAGAAACAUUAUGAUUCAGGGAACUUUCUUAUACCCUUGAUCCAGAUUCUCUAAUUGUUUACAUUUGGCCAAUUUUUUUCAUUACCACCUCCCUUUCUUUUUUUCUCUGCCUCCCUUUAUUUUCUUUUUCUCUCUCUCCUUCUUCCCUCUUUCUCUAUGUCUCCAUAUAUAUUGAGGUGUAAAUUCACCCCCUUGUGAGUGCACAAUUCUAAGAUUUUUUGUUUGUAACCAACCAUCAUGACAAUCCCCAGAUAACACUGAUCUGCUUUUCAAUCUCUAAAUUUCCCCUUUGUGGACGUUUCAUAUAAAUGGACUCAAAUAAUGUGUUGUCCUUUGAAUCUGUCUUGUUUCACUUACAUGUUUGUUUUUAUUUUUUGUUAGAGAAGUUGUGGGUUAACAGAACAAUCAUGCAUAAAAUACAGGAUUCCCAUAUACUAACCAAUUUUAAACGCCUUGCAGUGGUGUGGUACAUUUGUUACAAUUGAUGAAAGCACAUUUUAAUAAUGUACUAUUAACAAUAAUCCAUUGCUUAACCUUAGGGUUCACUGUGUAAUGUAGUUUCAUGAAUUUUUUUCUUUUAAUUUUUUAUUCUAUUACCAUAUAUACAGCUUAACAUUUCCCCUUUUAAUCACAUUCAGAUUUAUACUUCAUUGCUGUUAAUUACAUUCACAGUGUUGUGCUACCAUCACCACCAACCAUUACCAAAAUAUUUCUGUUGUUCCAAAUGGGAACUCUGUACAUUUUUAAGUUUUAACUCUCUGUUCUCUAUCCUUACCCGCUCCCUGAUAACCAAUAUUCUAGAUUCUGACUCUGUGAGUUUGCUUAUUCUAAUUACUUCAUAUCAGUGAGAUCAUAUAGUAUUUGCCCUUUUUUGUCUGGCUUUUUUCACUCAACAUGAUGUCCUCAAGAUUCAUCCAUGUUGUUGCAUGUAUCAGAACUUCAUUCCUUUUUAUGGCUGAAUGAUAUUCCAUUGUUUAUAAUGUUUUUGAGAUUCAUCCGUAUUGUGUGUAUCAAUAUUUUAGUCAGUUUUAUUGCUCAGUAGUAUUUCGUUGUUUGGAUAUACCACAUUUGUUUAUUCACCAGUUGAGGACGUUUGAAUUGUUGAAUUGUGAAUAAUACUGCUAUGAACUUUG